AUGGGCCAGAGGCAUAACAGACGCCGUACUCGCCGUUCAAACAACCGUAACGCUACACCUCACACUGUUCUCGCUCUACAUCCGAUAUUCCCCGUGGAAAUAAAACCAACCCUUCGGAAACCUCAGAAAAGCUUUUAUGCACUUGUGUUUACCGAUAUCUCUCCUGACUCAUGCAUUUCACGUGGAUCUCCGGCAGCCACCCUCGCCCCAUCAUGGCACUAUGGGUAUACAGCCUGGCAGACCCGUGAGCGCCCGUCGCGACUGGAACCAGGGCUGGAAGAAGCACAGUGCCGUCUGUUCGGCGGAGAGCCGGGCGACGAUGUGAGCCUCUGUUACCGGAUGCUUGAGUACUUCGGUGGACUCGACUACAUUGACUCAACGAGUGGCCUUGCCCUUGGAGAUUGA